AUGGAUGCCGUAAUACUGAAUAUCUUAGGAGACAUCCCUUUGGUGACAAGAUUGUGGACAAUAGGCUGUCUUGUACUAUCAGGUCUCAUAGGUCUCCGGAUCGUAGAUCCAAGAAAGGUGGUAUACAGCUAUGACUUAGUGUUCAGAAAGGGACAAUAUGGCAGACUAAUUUAUUCGAUAUUUGAUUAUGGUGGUUUUGAUUGGAUAUCGAUGCUAAACAUUUUUAUUAGUGCCAAUCACUUAUCAACAUUGGAGAACUCAUUCAAUUUGAGAAGGAAGUUUUGUUGGAUAAUAUUUUUACUUUUGGUAAUAUUGGUCAAGAUGACCAGUAUUGAACCACCUGUAACAUCACUCGGUGCUUUACUACAUGAGAAUCUCGUAUACUAUGAGCUUAAAAAGAACGGAAACCAAAUGAAUAUACGCCUCUUCGGUGCCGUUGACAUUUCACCAUCCAUAUUCCCCAUUUAUAUGAAUGCAGUGAUGUUUUUUGUAUAUAAGCGGCAUUGGUUAGAAAUAGCCAUGAAUUUCCUGCCAGGUCACAUCAUUUACUACAUGGAUGAUAUAAUAGGGAAAAUUUAUGGCAUCGAUUUGUGUAAGUCGCCUUACGACUGGUUCCAUAACCCUGAAACACCCUAA